CCGCGUCCACGAGAUCCAGACCGAGACAUGGUGGCUCAGGUGCUCCGGGCAGAGGGGGCUGCGCCCCAGAGAGCCAACAUGGGGUCCUGGCAGGAGUACCGACAUUUACGAGGGAGAUCCACCGGGCUCAUCUCAGCGGAGGGUGAACAAUGGCUCAAGAUGAGACGUGUGUUGAGACAAAGAAUUCUGAAACCGAGAGAUGUGGCCAUUUUUGCGGGAGAAAUCAACCAAGUUAUUGCUGAUUUAAUUAGGAGAAUCUACAUUCUCAGGAGCCAGGCUGAAGAUAGAGAAACUGUGACCAAUGUCAAUGACCUUUUCUUCAAAUACUCAAUGGAAGGGGUGGCCGCCAUCCUCUAUGAGAGCCGCCUGGGCUGCCUGGAAAACAGCAUCCCGCAGGCGACCGUGGACUACAUCGAGGCCCUCGGGCUCAUGUUCAGCAUGUUCAAGACCUCCAUGUACGCGGGCGCCAUCCCCAGGUGGCUCCGCCCCUUCGUCCCGAAGCCCUGGCGGGAAUUCUGCAGGUCCUGGGACGGACUCUUCAAAUUCAGCCAGAUCCACGUUGACAAGAAGCUGAGGGACAUACAACGCCACAUGGACCAGGGGGAGAGCGUGAAGGGCGGACUGCUCACCUGCCUCUUCCUGAGCCAGGAGCUGACGCGGGAGGAGAUCUACGCCAACAUGACCGAGAUGCUGCUGGCGGGCGUCGACACGACAUCGUUCACAUUAUCCUGGGCAGUGUAUCUCCUUGCGAGGCACCCAGAAGUGCAGCAGACCAUGUACCAGGAGAUAGUUAAGAAUUUGGGGGAAAGGCACAUCCCAACGGCAACUGACAUCCCCAAAGUCCCACUGGUCAGAGCUCUGCUGAAGGAAACCUUGAGGCUGUUUCCAGUGCUGCCAGGGAAUGGCCGAGUCACCCAGGAAGACCUGGUUGUUGGCGGGUAUCUGAUUCCCAAAGGCACCCAGCUGGCCCUCUGCCACUAUGCCACCUCCUAUGAGGAUGAGAACUUCCCUCGGGCCAAGGAGUUCCGGCCAGAGCGCUGGCUGCGGAAAGGAAGCCUGGACCGAGUGGACAACUUCGGGUCCAUCCCCUUCGGGUAUGGGGUUCGGAGCUGCAUCGGGCGGAGAAUUGCAGAACUGGAGAUCCACCUCGUCAUGAUCCAGUUGCUUCAGCAUUUUGAGAUCAAAACAUCUUCUUGGACUAAAGCAGUUCCUGCAAAAACCCACGGGCUUCUGACGCCAGGGGGGCCCAUCCAUGUGCGUUUUGUUAACAGAAAGUGAGCCUGGAUUUUUAAACCCAGCCCUCCGCCUGCCACAAACCAGUCAACUGAUGACGGUUGAGGAGGGAACCAUCACUUUGAGAGGCUGUCUUGGUGAAAAACUGGCCUCCCUCCACAUUCUGAGAGACUCGUAAAUCUUCAUGCAAAGUAAUGUGAGAAGAUUGUUUGGCUUUUGCAAACCAGAGUUGGCUUUUCUUUGGGGGAAAAGGCUGUUUAAAAACCAGUGGCACUGAAUUCUCACAUCUUCUAUGUGGUCUAACCCUUGUGCUGUAUUUGAUAUUCAAUUAGGCAUAGUCUCUUGUGCAUUUGUGCAAGGAACUGUUGGUUCACUUAUAAAUUCAGUGCUUGAAUAUACGUUCUGUAAUCCUGCACCAGGACUCUGUCAGGAGGCAAACUCAACCUAUUGUUUCUAAUCUGAUGAGGGAACAUUACGGAUGUCUCUGUAAUAUUGCAGUUGUGGAAAGAAAGCACCAGAGUCAACACUGUAUCCUGAGCAUGAGACUGAGACCCUACAGAGGGGCUCAAAGUUAAAGCAACCGUAUUCUUCCUUUUCUCUCCAAACUAGUGCUUCCUUUUCCGGUGACAGCUCCUAAAGGAGUUGAGUAUUAAUUUUUGUUUGAAGGAAUAAUCAAUAAAAUAGAGAACUCCUGGUGAAACCAAGAAUGCUUGGGUAUUUCUAACCGAGUGUAAAUAGCAAGCAGAUGGAUAAGAAAGAAGACCUGACGGUGCGGAAUUACAUGGUCUCAGCUGAGAAGAACGAAUCACACAGCAUCGUGGAAAACAGCAUAACUUCAGUACGUUUUCAUUUCAAGGAAAAAUAAAUAUGUAAAUGGACAUGCUGGAGAUAAAACAAUAUUUUCAUCUUCAUGGUGUUAUUUUAAAGAUCUGAACUGGAAACACAAUCCAGCUGCUGGUGUGUGUGUAAGGCUCCAGCUGGAUGCCUUGGGCCUCCAGACUGUUGGCUCGUGCCAAGUUCUGCUGCCUCUCCCACUGCUUGCUGGAUGCUAAUAAGAAAAAACACAAUUUGAUAACAUUCUCUCUGCAGUCAUGCUCGACAUUGCUUAUUCUCAAUCCUAUAAAUCUUUACACGUAACCCUUCCCCCGAUCACUUCCCUACUGAUACAUACUAUACAUGUCCCCUGCUUUUAGUCAGUCAGGCUGCAAACCACCCCCCCAGUAAGAUAGAAAUCAUAUUCAUGUCACCUACCAUUUUUGUUAAAGUAGGUAACAGUGUUAAAUCUGUGUGUGAAGACGGAAUAACUCAGUAUGAGAGCUAUAAAAAUAUAUACAGUUAAAUAUGAAAUGAUGUAAUGAUAUCUGACAAAAUGCUGGAUUACUUUGAGAUAUGGAAGCUUUUAUAAACGAGCUACGGUUUUAUUGUUUGUGACUGAAAUUAAAAGGAAUUGAGACUAA